AAACCAUUUUUCUUAUCCAGACGGAGGGGGCGGAAACGGCUGCGCGCUCUAAGGUGGUCAAACUAGCCGCUCGGCGUUUCCACAACAAAUCAAUAGACAGCUGCGGUGUUUCUCUAUUACUGUUUCACAGCUGCAGUCAAGUUGUGGCACUUUUAAAGAACCGAUUAAAUCAAAGCUAAUCCCUUUUGUCUAGGAACCUGUGGGUCCCCAGGGCUACUUGAUGAGCAUGAGCCAGACAACAGAACCCUCUAAUGAUGGUGCCGCUGUUACAGAAGAGGCUAAAAUAACGGCAGCUGAGAAGGAAAAGAAGGCAGAUGAAGUGGUAGAGGAAGAAGAGGAGGAGGAAGAGUACGUGGUGGAAAAAGUCCUCAAUCGGCGGGUGGUAAAAGGGAGGGUGGAGUACCUUCUCAAGUGGAAAGGGUUCUCCAAUGAGGAUAACACUUGGGAGCCAGAGGACAACUUGGACUGUCCAGAUCUGAUUGCAGAAUAUCUGCAGAAACAGAAAUUGGCACACGAGGGAAAGAGGAAAGCGGCUGGAGACACAGACGGAGAUGAAAGCAAAUCAAAGAAGAAAAAAGAUGACAAUGAGAAGUUAAGAGGCUUCGCUCGAGGUCUGGAGCCAGAAAGGAUCAUUGGUGCCACAGAUUCCACAGGAGAACUCAUGUUCCUCAUGAAAUGGAAGCAUUCUGACGAAGCCGACCUGGUGCCAGCAAAAGAGGCCAAUGUGAAGUGUCCGCAGGUGGUGAUCUCCUUCUAUGAAGAGAGACUCACCUGGCACUCAUAUCCUUCAGAGGACGAAAAAAAAGACGACAAACACUAAGGCGUGGCAAGGUUGCAGGGCUGGGGGAAGAGACUGACCCUGUGGUUUUGAACUCCAGUGUGCUUUUGAGGGGAGAGAAGACCAGCAAGACAUUGUGGACUCAUUUGUUCUUUUGGUAUAGUUUCAUUCAUCUCAUUCUCUUUUUUAUGUGGAUAUAAUUUAAAUAUAGAUGCUUCAGAUUUGCUUGAAAAGCCAAAGCAAUGCAGUGUUAAUUUUCAGCGAACAUUCCAGUCUUUUUGCUUUCCCUGUGCAUGCUUACAGAGCGCUACAUUUAGGCCUCAAGUUGAAAUUUUUAUUGUACAUUUUGUUUUGUAAUUGAUCACAAGUAUUGAAAGUAAGGGCUGCAACAACUCCUUGCAGACCUGAGUCCCGUAGUAAAACCUAUGGGAUCAGCCGAGUCGCCAUUUAGAGGUUCGUAACCAUGUACUCCAGAACCUCAAUGAUUGAGGGCCGCCCUUCAAGAAGAGUGAGAUACCACGCCUCAGCAGACAAUGUCGACUUAUGAACAGCAUGAGAUAUCGUUGUCGAGCUGUAAUUGAUGCUCAAGGGCACAUGACAUGUUAUUGACAUUUUUUGUUGUGGUAUACCCACCACUGUUGGGUUUUGUUUCAAUAAAUUGUUUGAGAUGAGGAAAUCACCAUCUCAUGCUUCUACUUAAAUGCUGUACUUUUAUGAUAGAUGAUUGUAGCAUGAACGUUUUACAUUUUCCAUAAAUAAGUUUUUGUGUGUA